AUGGCCAGCACACUUCUCAGGUCUCUCUUCGCCCCGGCGAUAAGGCCAGCGACCUUCCCCCGCGCCGCCUCAUUCCUCACAUCGAUGCCGAAGACGACACCGAUGAUCCGCUCCUUCUCCUCGACACCCAUCCAGAAUGCCACCGUCAACCAGGUCUUGCGUGGCUGCCACAAGAAGGGCAAGCGCGCUCGUCACACUGUCUCCCCCGCCCUGUCCGAGAUGAACGCUCCCGCCAUGAAGGGCGUAUGCCUCAGAGUCGGUAUUGUCCGCCCGAAGAAGCCCAACUCCGGCCAGCGAAAGACCGCUCGUGUCCGCCUCUCCAACGGUCGUCACAUUACCGCAUAUAUCCCCGGCGAGGGUCACAACAUCCAGCAGCACAGUGUCGUCCUCGUCCGCGGUGGCCGCAGUCAGGAUUGUCCCGGUGUGCGAUACCACCUUGUCCGUGGCGCUCUCGAUCUCGGUGGUGUUGGUAGCCGAACCACCUCUCGUUCCAAGUACGGAACCAUGAAGCCCAAGAAGGCUACUGUCGGCUAG